AUGAACAUACAGAGGUCACGUCCUAUUAACAUUUCACGUCAUGGCAGAUCGCGACACAAAUCGCACGACUUCGAAGAUUUGUCUUGCUUGAGGAGCGCCGAGUCGCACCAGAGCUUCAGCCCUAACCUCGGCUCGCCCAGCCCGCCGGAGACCCCCGACGCGUCGCACUGUAUCUCCCGCAUCGGGGACUACCUGCUACUGGAGCCCCUGGAGGGGGACCACGUCUUCAGGGCCGCCCACCUGCACAGCGGCGAGGAGCUCGUCUGCAAGGUGUUCGACGUUGGCCGCUACCAGGAGUCUCUCGCGGCCUACUUCGCCCUGGGCUGCCACCAGCACAUCAACCAACUCCUGGAGGUGCUGCUGGGCGAGACGCGAGCCUACGCCUUCUUCGAGCGUAGUCAUGGCGACAUGCACUCAUUCGUGCGCACCUGCAAAAAGCUGCGGGAGGACGAAGCCGCGCGACUCUUUUACCAGAUCGCCUCAGCCGUGGCGCACUGCCACGACGGCGGUUUGGUGCUGCGAGACCUCAAGCUGAGGAAGUUUGUCUUCAAGAAUGAGGACAGAAGCGCUCUAAAGCUGGAGAGCCUGGAGGACACGUACAUCCUGGCCGACGGCGAUGACGACUCUCUCUCGGACAAACACGGCUGCCCGGCCUACGUCAGCCCGGAGAUCCUCAACGCCGGGGGCAGCUACUCGGGCAAGGCGGCCGACGUCUGGAGCCUGGGCGUCAUGCUCUACACUAUCCUGGUAGGCCGUUAUCCCUUCCAUGACGUGGAGCCCGGCUCGCUCUUCAGCAAGAUCCGCCGCGGCCACUUCAGCGUACCCGACACGCUCACGCCCAAGGCCAAGUGCCUGAUCCGUGCCAUUUUGCGCCGCGAGCCCGCCGAGCGCCUCACUUCGCGCGAGAUCCUCCAGCACCCCUGGUUCCACGCUGCAGCCGCCGCUUCAGCAACAAGCGGCCGCGGGGAGCCGGAGCAGACGGUACCUGAGGUGAACAUGGAGGAGGAGCACUUGUUCAGCUGA